GGGUUGGCCGGCGGCGGAGGCGGAGGCGGAGGCGAUGGCUGUGGACCCCGAGCGGGCUUGAGGGCUGCUACCCAGCUCCGUCCCGCGCCUUCUCGCGGCGACCCGGCGCCUCGGUCUCGACUCGCUCAGCGCCUGCUCCCUCCCCGGCCGCUGCCUGGGCGGAGGCGGAGGCCCGGGCUGGCCGCCCUGCUGAGCCCCGGCUCGGCCCCGGACGGCCCGCUGCUGUGCGGAGAGGAGGCCGAGUCGGUAGUGAAAAGAGAAUACUGAAGAAUAGGAUCUCAAGAUGAGUAAAAAGCCCCCAAAUCGUCCUGGAAUCACUUUUGAGAUUGGUGCUCGUUUGGAGGCACUGGACUACUUACAAAAAUGGUAUCCAUCACGAAUUGAAAAAAUCGACUAUGAAGAGGGGAAAAUGUUAGUACAUUUUGAACGCUGGAGUCAUCGUUAUGAUGAAUGGAUUUACUGGGAUAGCAAUAGAUUGCGACCCCUUGAGAGACCUGCGCUAAGAAAAGAAGGGCUAAAAGAAGAGGAAGAUUUCUUUGAUUUUAAAGCUGGAGAAGAAGUUCUGGCUCGUUGGACAGACUGUCGCUAUUAUCCUGCCAAGAUUGAAGCAAUUAACAAAGAAGGGACAUUCACAGUUCAGUUUUAUGAUGGAGUAAUCCGUUGUUUAAAAAGAAUGCACAUUAAAGCCAUGCCUGAGGAUGCUAAGGGGCAGGUGAAAUCCCAGCAUCCACUAAGCUGGUGUUGUCCUAUCGACCCAGCUGGAUCGUGUAACCAGUCUAUGGGAAGUGAGGAUUGGAUAGCUUUAGUCAAAGCAGCUGCUGCAGCUGCAGCCAAGAAUAAAACAGGGAGUAAGCCUCGAACCAGUGCUAACAGCAAUAAAGAUAAAGAGAAAGAGGAGAGAAAAUGGUUUAAAGUAACUUCAAAGAAGGAAGAAACCUCAACUCAUAUAGCCACACCAGAAGUUGAAAAGAAGGAAGAUCUUCCAACAUCUAGUGAAACAUUUGGACUUCAUGUAGAGAACAUUCCAAAGAUGGUCUUUCCACAGUCAGAGAGCACAUUAUCAAACAAGAGGAAAAAUAAUCAAGGCAACUCAUUUCAGGCAAAGAGAGCUCGACUUAACAAGAUUACUGGUUUGUUGGCAUCCAAAGCAGUUGGGGUGGAUGGUGCUGAAAACAAAGAAGACUACAAAGAAACAGCUCCAAUGCUGGAGCAGGCGAUUUCACCUAAACCUCAAAGUCAGAAAAAAAAUGAAGCUGACAUUAGCAGUUCUGCCAACACUCAGAAACCUGCACUGUUAUCCUCAACUUUGUCUUCAGGGAAGGCUCGCAGCAAGAAAUGCAAACAUGAAUCUGGAGAUUCUUCUGGGUGUAUAAAACCCCCUAAAUCACCACUUUCCCCAGAAUUAAUACAAAUCGAGGAUUUGACGCUUGUAUCUCAGCUUUCUUCUUCAGUGAUAAAUAAAACUAGUCCUCCACAGCCUGUGAAUCCCCCUAGACCUUGCAAGCAUAGUGAGCGGAGAAGAAGGUCUCAGCGGUUAGCCACCCUACCCAUGCCUGAUGAUUCUGUAGAAAAGGUUUCUUCUCCCGCUCCAGCCACUGAUGGGAAAGUAUUCUCCAUCAGUUCUCAGAAUCAGCAAGAGUCUUCUGUACCAGAGGUGCCUGAUGUUGAGCAUUUGCCACUGGAGAAGCUGGGAUCCUGCCUCCCUCUUGACUUAAGUAGUGGUUCAGAAGUUGUCCCACUACUAGCCCCAGGUUCCACUUACCAUAGUGAAUGUGCCAGGACAGAAAAGGAAGACACGCAGGUGCUUACACAUCCUUCCAAAGCAGCCUCGGAGGGGAGAGGAGUUCCUGCAGCAGCAGGAAUCUCGAAAACAGAAAAAAAAGUGAAAUUGGAAGAAAAAAGCUCAACCACUUUUGGUAGGAGGAAAGAGAAGGAGAAGGAGAAAGAAAGGAAAGAGAAGAGAGAUAAAGAUCACUACAAACCAAAACAGAAGAAGAAGAAGAAAAAGAAAAAGAAAUCCAAGCAACAUGACUAUUCAGACUAUGAAGACAGUUCCUUGGAAUUUUUGGAAAGGUGCUGCUCUCCAUUGACGCGAUCUUCUGGGAGUUCUCUGGCUGCACGGAGCAUGUUUACAGAGAAAACUACAACUUAUCAAUACCCACGGGCUAUUCUGUCUGUUGAUCUUAGUGGAGAAAACUUAUCAGAUAUGGAAUUCUUAGAUGAUUCUUCAACAGAGAGUUUGCUUUUGAGUGGGGAUGAAUACAAUCAAGACUUCGAUUCAACUAAUUUUGAGGAAUCGCAGGAUGAGGAUGAUGCUCUUAAUGAAAUUGUGCGAUGUAUUUGUGAAAUGGAUGAGGAGAACGGCUUCAUGAUUCAGUGUGAAGAGUGCCUGUGCUGGCAGCACAGCGUGUGCAUGGGGCUGCUGGAGGAGAGCAUCCCGGAGCAGUACGUCUGCUACAUCUGCCGAGACCCUCCAGGUCAGAGGUGGAAUGCAAAAUAUCGUUAUGAUAAGGAUUGGUUGAAUAAUGGAAGAAUGUGUGGGCUGUCAUUUUUAAAAGAAAAUUAUUCUCAUCUCAAUGCCAAAAAAAUAGUGUCCACACAUCACCUGCUUGCUGAUGUCUACGGCGUGACAGAAGUGCUACAUGGUUUACAGCUAAAAAUUGGAAUCCUAAAAAAUAAACACCACCCUGACCUUCAUCUCUGGGCUUAUUCUGGGAAGCGAAAAGACCAAGAUCAAGUAAUAGUUGGAGCAGAAAAAAAAAUAAGUCAAGACACAGUUAAUCUAGAAGAAAAAAGACAUAUACAGAACCAUAAAGAACCUCUUCGUUUACCCCUAAAGAUGGAAGGAACUUACAUAACAAGUGAACACAGCUAUCAAAAGCCACCAAAUUUUGGUCAGGAAUGUAGAUCUUUUGCAGACCCUGGGAGCUCAGAUGAUGAUGAUUUGAGCAGUUUUGAGGAAGAACAAGAUUUCCCUAUGAGAGGAAAAAAACGUUUCCAAUACUCAAAAGAACAUGGAAUUCCAGACAAGAAUCCAGCUUAUGGGAAUAAGACAUUUGUUCAUACCGAGAAAAGGGGCACUGAAGAUCCAGGAGACACACAUCUUCAGUGGCAGCUCAAUCUCCUCACCCACAUUGAGAACGUGCAGAACGAAGUUGCCAGCAGGAUGGAUCUGAUAGAAAAAGAAGUUGAUGUUCUGGAAAGCUGGCUUGAUUUCACAGGGGAGUUGGAGCCACCAGAUCCUCUUGCAAGACUGCCCCAACUUAAGAGGCAUAUAAAACAGCUCCUACUUGACAUGGGCAAAGUACAACAAAUAACUACUCUUUGCUCUGUAUGACGACAGUGAACACUUAAGGAAAAGAAUGUGGCUGUCUUCAGUAGAAUCACUUUUAUCUACAUGAUUGCUGAAUAGAUGGUUAAAAAGCUUAGUAAUGUUUGUUAGUUGGUGCGAUGUCACUAGGAUGCCACCUUGGAAAGGAAAUUGAAGAGCAAUUUUAUCAAGGAAGCUAAUACUAAAAUAUGUGAGGAAGCUGCAAAGAUAAUGUUUUCUAUGCCAAGGAUCGAUGAAGUAGAACAUAAUCUAUACUAAAGAAUUCAAAUUGCCAGAAUGUUUGAAUAGUGGCUUCCCUGAAGUUCAAAACCUGUAGAAAGAAAUACGGUGUAUGUAUGUAGUUUUUAGUAGAAGGAUCUACAUUUUUGAACCAGUAUUUGCCCAAAAACAAAAUUGUAAAGGAAAUUUAAAUUCUGGAAAGCUCUACAAGGUUGCUAUAAGAACUGCCUUCUCAGCAGUUGGAUCCAGCUGUGCGGAAGUUUAGGUUAUUUAAACUUUUAUAGGAUCAUGAGCUUUUUCUUGGGUGAUGAAUGUUCUUAAUACUAGAAGUCUCACUUUUGGGGAAAACAAUUGUGGAAUUCUUCAUUUUGAAUAUGUUUAGAAAACAGACACCAAAUAAUUGGAAUUUAUUGCAGGCAUUAAACUCAUUAAAAACAAAUUGGCUUGCAGAAGGGUCCGAUGUGCCAAAUGUUGAUGAUAACUGCUGGAAAGAAGAAGUUAAAUAUUGUGGGAUUUCUUCCACCCCACAUCUGGCAUAAUGCAUCAGUCCAAACAAAACUUGUAUGUUGCAUGUACUAUUUAUAUCAGAUACGUGAUUGAAUGGCAGUAUUCAGGCUUUGGUUUGCCACUUGGUCCUGGAUAUGCUUGGUGUUGCCUUCAGGAAAAAAUUGCAAGUAACCUCAGCUGGGAUGAGGAGUGACAAAAGUAUCAAAAUAAUUUGUGGCUGUGGAUUUUUUUUAAA